GCGAAGACCAUAUAGACACUUGCCCACCAUUAUCCGGAUUGUUCAUUCACACACCCUUAAAAAGAUCUAGAAUGGCCUCCCGAACAGCUACUUCCAUGGCUGCCAACAACGCCGAGAGCUCUCACCCCUUCCAUUGGCACUACGGGGAUCUCGAAGACAAGAACUUCCAGGUCCAUGGUAGAAGCCUCCUCCUUGUCCUGAUCAUCUUCUCCGUCAUUCUCAUCUGCACUCUUCUCUGCCUGUACGCCCGCUGGGCCUGGCGCUACCGGCAAUUGGCAGAGAGCAGCCGCCAGCAAUUCAGCAUCUCAUCGGAUGCAUUAGCGGUCCAGCACGGUAAACUGGGGCUAGACUCGGUGGCGCUCAGCCUCCUACCGGUCUUCCUCUACAAGUCGCCGGCGUCCAUCCGGCCGGGAUGCGAAGAUCCUCAAUGUGCCAUAUGCUUGAGCGUGUUUCGUGAAGAUCAAAAGGUGAAGGUCUUGCCAGGAUGCGACCACUCUUUCCAUCCAGACUGCAUCGAUAAAUGGCUAAGCGAACAGCCCAGUUGCCCGUUGUGUAGAUCAUCUCUUGCUACGAUCCUGGCCACCGCGGUAUGAAUUCGACUUCAACCCCGUCGAGAUUCAUUUACUUGCUCGGCUUCUGAUUCCUGUUCAAGUUUUGGUUUUAGGAGACCAACUAGUUUGUUUUUUGUGUAUACAAAGCAGAGGCCCCGAAUGCUCCCGGCUCUAGGGACUCUUCGCCAAAAUCAAAGUUGUAAAUCUGUAUUCACACUUAUCAAACUAAUUAGCAGACAACCAUCUUUUUCA